AUGUCGUCGGGCUGUGUGUCCAUCUCGAAAUCGGCGUUCCUCCCCGCCGCCGCCCUUCCCGAGGCCACCACCGCCCGCAUUGACUCCAAGGAUGGAAAAUCACUCGUCCAGCAGACGCUCAUCAAAUACUCACAAAAUCAGGCGUACUGCGUGCUGUCCACCUUCGAUGGAGCUCUCGAAAAUAAGGAAAUCACCGUCGACACUGACAAGGAGAAUCCGCUCCAGCUGAAGCUUGACAGAAUCGCGGAGACGAAGGUCAAUAAGAGCUUGCUGCCCGUCUUCGUUCAGUUCCAUCAUCCUCUAAAGCAACGUUCGGCCGAAAGUCACAUCUCAGACCGUAGCUUCGAAGCUGUGCUCGGCCGUUUCAACCUGGAACUGAAGAAGAAUGUGACUAUGGAUAGUUUUGAGCGACUCUCCUCUUGGAGAGACGAGGCUGGUUUUGUCGUCUCGGACCGCGACCGCUAUGAAUUGGCCACAUUCGACACAAAAGCCCUUCUGAAGGAGCUGAUGCCAGCUGAUACCCCGGUUACCAAAUACGCGGCCAGCGAUCUGGAAGCCGUCAUCGACUUUGACGAGUCCGUAUGUGGCACAAAGAGGGCCAGCCUUAUUGCCGCCCUCGCCAAGCAUUCAGAGAUCUACCUCAUCAAGACCUCUGCUUCCGUUGAUGGCCUCUUGGCAGCGAAGGGCGACCGCAUCGUGGCCCUCUAUGCCGAGACAAUCGAGCUUGCCCAUGCCCUCAUCAAGCACUAUAUUGCUGUGAAAAAGCUGUCGAAAGUUACGUUCUUCACGCGUUGUGGCGUGUGGCAAACGGAGCCAUCUACUAGCCGACCCGUCUACCGCUUCCACACCAGGACGAUCCCCUCUCAACUGAAAUGGAACAAGGUCUAUGCGGCUAAUUUCGGCGUCCAUCUUGUC